AUGUCCAAACCAAAAGUAUUAAUUAUCGGUUCCGGAGGAGUCGGUACUAUUUCCGCACUUUCAUUAACUACCAAUGAUAAAUCAGAAGUCACCUUAGUAGUUAGAUCAGAUUAUGAUUUAAUCUCCAACAAGGGAUAUUCCAUUACUUCAUGUACUUAUGGCAAAUUAGAAAAUUGGAAACCUCAUAAUAUUGCCAGAUCAGUUGAAGAUGCUCAAGAAAGAUUUGGUCCAUUUGAUUACAUUUUAUUAACAACCAAGAACAUUCCAGAUGGUUCAGUCACUGUAGAAAAUAUUAUUAAACCAGCAGUUGUCAAUGAUAAAGUCGUCAUCAUAUUAUUACAAAACGGUUUAGCUAUUGAAGAACCUAUGCACAAGGCAUUCCCUAACAAUAUUCUUCUUAGUGGAGUUUCAAGAAUUGGUUCAACUUAUUAUGAAGGUCAUGUCGAUAACAAAGGUAUAGAUCAUGUUUUCUUAGGUGAUUUCAAACCAGAAUCCCAGCGUCAUCCAUUAUCCCAAUCCAAAAUCGACGAAUUCAUGUCAGUUUAUCAAAACCCCAACGGAUUAAAUAAAAUCGAAGAAGAUAAAGAUGUUCAAAAAACUAGAUGGGAAAAAUUAAUCUAUAAUUCAGUAUUUAAUACCAUAACCGCAUUGGUCAACCUCGAUGUAGGUAGAUUGCAAAUCUGUGGUGCUAAUGAUGAAUUGAUCAGACCGGCUAUGCUUGAAGUUGUGGCAAUUGCCAGAUCUGUUGGAGUUGAAUGUGAUGCAAGUAUGAUGGAAAAAUUCGUUCAUAUUGGUGAUGGAUUAUUUUAUUCUCCUUCAAUGUGUGUUGAUAUGAGAAAAGGUCAAUUAAUGGAAUUGGAAAUUAUUUUAGGGAAUCCAAUGAGAAUCGCUAGGGAAAAUAAUGUUCCAACUCCAGUCUUAUCAGUGAUCUAUUCAUUAUUGAAAAUGGUACAAUUUAGAAUCAAGGAGGAAAGAAAGAUGUUUGUACUUAAUCAAGAUGAUUUCAAACAACAUUCUUCUGAUGAAUAUCCUGAAAUAUUCAAACAAAAGUAUUUAAACAAAAAGUAA